AUGGGAAAAUAUUCAAGUGAUGAAGAUAGAAAGUCUAAAAAGAAAAAGAAAAGAAGAUCAAGGUUAUCAGUUGGUCAAGAAGUAGCAGCGUUAGCAGUUUUUACUCUUCAAAAUCCAAGAAAAAGUCCAAGAAAAGAAAAUCAAAAAAAUAUUCCAGAAGUUCUUCAACUCAGAGACGGAGAUCUGGAUCUCCCAGUAGAAGUAAAACAUACCGCAGAUCAAGGUCCAGAAGUAGAGGUCGCAGGUCACAUUCUAGGUCCAGACGGUCUUAUAGUAGAGGUCGAAGGUCAUACAGUAAAGGAUCAAGGACAUAUGAAAGACGAACUCUCUCUAGAAGCAGAAGUAGAGAAAGAUAUAGAGGUCGUAGGUCAAGAAGUAGGGAUCGAUACAGAAGGUCAAGAAGAUAGAUAUCAAGAUACUAAAAGACGUUCAGACAAAACUGAAGACAAGUCAGAUCCUGUAUCUAAUAUUCCUGGAUUUGAAGACAUGGCACCACAUGAACAGGCUAAGAUUAGAAUGCAAUUUGCUUUAAAAGCAGCAGCUGCAGCUGAUGAGAAAAUACGACAAGAGGAAGCUUCUUCUAGUACAACAGAGACUGAUCAAAAACCAAAAGAUAUACUUUCAUUUUCUAAUGCUGUAGCAGAAAUAGAAGAUUUUGGUUUUACACCAUCUUCAUUUAAAUCUAGUAGAUCUACCAAGAAAAAGGAAGACACAUCAGAGAAAAUAUUAGAUAGCCAUGAUCAAGCAAUGUUUGGUAUUAGUGGAUUAGCUUUGAAAACAGAACCAGGAUUUAACAAACCUAUAACUAUAGACCCAAAUACACUGGCACAUUCUAAUCUAUAUGUAGAUUCUGAUGAAAAGAUGGAGAGAUGGAUAGCAAAGUUGACAUCAAUGAGACGUAAAAAAAUGGAAGGACUCAUGUUAGGACAUUGA